GGUGGUGGUUGAUAUCCUCGCUCACAAUCGUUCUUUCUCUUUCCCUCACCCGCUCCGUGCGUGCGCGGAGUUCGUCUCGGGAUGCGUCGCGUCGAUCAGUGAAUCAAGUGCCAAUAUCCCGUUGCCGAUCAGGGGCAGGAAGUGUGGCCGAUGAAGGCGCGUAAGAGCCGUGACAAGAGUAAGUCCGGACCGGUACAACGACUGUAGGGUGCCAAUCGAGCUAUCUCCUUCUUCCCUCUGAGAAGCCUCGUGUUUGCGACGACUGUGUUCGUGGGCCAGUCGAUAUACUACUUGACUACUGUGCGACGUACGACGUGCACAGCCAUUGACUUGGGCCAGUCGAUAUCCCAGGGGUGAGCGUCGUUGACAAGCGGAGUGAUAGCCGGGGGUGAUAAGCCUAAACUGCCGAAUGCAGCACCAAGAGGGAGAGCUUGAAGGACUCGGGGGCGUUUUAGGGAGCUCCGGGGACGCUGCAUUAGCCCUUGGUGGUCGACAUAAGCCGGAGGAACUCGCCACGCUUGCGGCAACCACCAGGUUUUCUAGAAAGGAAAUCCAGCUGAUCUAUCGAGGUUUCAAGCAAGAGUGUCCGUCUGGCCUGGUCGACGAGGAUGCCUUCAAGCAGAUCUUUUCACAAUUCUUUCCACAGGGAGAUGCCAGCCAGUACGCUCACUACGUCUUCAAUACUAUGAAGAGGAAACCGUCUGGUAAAAUUAGCUUCGAGGAGUUUCUCUCCAUACUGUCGAAGGUAUCAAGAGGAUCCGUGGAGGAAAAGCUGCAGUGGGUAUUCGGGUUGUAUGAUUUGGACGGAGACGGAUUAAUAAGCAAGGAGGAGAUGUUAGAUGUUGUGGGUUCCAUCUAUGAGAUGCUAGGUCGUUACACGCAACCGCAAAUUGCCGAACCACACGUGGCUGCUCGCGAACACGUUGAUCGCAUCUUUCACUUAAUGGAUGCGAAUAAGGACGGCGUGGUGACCAUCGAAGAACUGGUGCAGUGGUGCUCGAAGGACGAGCAAUUGUUACGAAGCCUCGAUACUUUGGAUACCGUAUUAUGAGAUCUUAACGUUCUAUCGGAAAUUCCAUUAAUAUAUUAUCAAUUGUGUUUCGAGCAAUAACAACGAGGCACGUAAAGCGUCUCGACUUUUUCAUCGAUUCUUCUACUUCUUUUUCAACAAGUGACCAGAAAAUACAAAAGUUAUAUUAAUGAGAAAAUAAUUGUGUUCAAGAAGUAAAAUCGAUUUGAAAGUUAAAAAUUUCCUGAAAGAAAGGAAAAAAAAUCUAAGUGAAUUUUUGUAAAUCUAAUUAAAUUUAAAAAUUUACGACCUUAGAUCAAGAUUUAUGACCUCGUUACAAAUCAUAAACUUAUGAUUUACUGAAAUAAUAUAAGGUAUAAUAAUUCAAGAUGCCGUUUGUAGCGAAAGAAAAUCAAACGCAGCGAGCCGAGAUAUCAUUGCUCGAAACGUAUCUUAAGGAAAAGACGCUGGAGUACCCUUCCGCAAGUGUCUUUGUAAAUAUGUAUGUACUACUCCGUUUACCUACCCAGUCUUUCAUGUACAACACUUCCAGUACAUCGCUCGACGAUCGAAGGGACCUGAAAGAACCUACGAUUUAAUUCAGCUUCGGAGAGUUUGUUGAAGCUUUACAGCUGCGAGACGUGAAAUCGUUGAGAAAUUAUAUAUCAAAUUAUUAAAUUAUAUUACAUUUACAGAAUUUCAUUAAAUUAUUAAAUAAUAAUAUCGCAGAAGAUAAACCGUUGGGGUUCAUCCAGAUGUUCAAUUUCCUGCAAGAAAUGAAUGAAUCAAGAAUAGUCGAUAUUAACUUGAUCCGUAAAGGCAAAUUCAUGACUUACGAAAUCGAAAAUCGAUCUCAAAUUUUAUGAGUUCUUUUAAGCAGGAUGAAACCCAUGAAAAAUGAAUGAAAUUCAGAGAAUGUAGAGAUUUCUUUUGAUCUACUCAAAGUAUUUUUAAAAUUUAUUGCUACGUUCGCGUAGCAUUGCAAAGUGUUUAAGCUUCGAUAUCUUUAAUGGUACGCAUUAAUAAAUUGAUUCUUUGGGCACAAUUCUGCUCUAACUUUCCAAAAUUUAAUAUUUCAAUCAUAAUAUACACAUAUAUUAUCGUAUGAUACUGAAUUCGCAAAUUCUUCAAUCAUUAGUUAUGAAAAUAAUAUUCUUCUUGGACCAAGUGUGAAGGAAAUUAAUGUUGUCCUCCUAAAACCUGGUCGAUACCUCGUGUGAUUAUCCUGUACCUUAUUAUACACACUACAUAAUGUUAUUAAUAUUAAUAAAAAAUUAUCAUUAUUAUAUUAGAAUUAAAGCAACUUGUUGUCUGCCAUGGAUGACACCAGUAACAACGCAAUAAUAUAUCUCGAACUUUUUGUAGAUCUUUGUAAAUCGUUUAAUCUUUCGUUUUCCAUAUUCUUAAAUCUUUCAAAUCUCGAAUAUUUUCGUCGUCCUAAUCUUAGAUUUUUAUUUUUAAUUUUCAGGUUUCUGGAACGUUUUAAUCUUUUUUUUAAGUUCUUAAGUGUUCUUGGACUCCUAAAUUUUUAUUCUGCAAUUUCGAAAAAAAAUUCAUCUGUAGAUAUUUAAUUCAACUUUCAUGGCAGAUAAAGUAUAUCGAAAACGUUUACACUUGUUCUCAAAAAUUGUUGAGAUUUAAGAUUUAACUCUGUACGAUUAUAAAAAAACUAUUUCACGUUAUCGAUCACUUUGUUAAAAACAUUUUCAUGGAUCUAUUCCUGUUCGUAUUGCGAAUUUUUCAGCGUUGUGGAUACGAAAUCUUUGAAUACACAUGUGUUUAGCAGGGUUAGCAUAUGUAGCGUGUACAUACGUAGACGCACUUUUGUUAAAACGCAUGUACACAUCUGCAUAAUUACGAAAAUAAAGAAUCUACCUUUGUACCUCGAA